AGUACAUGAAGAAGGUGUGGAAAUUGCUGUGUGUAGACAUGGAUUUCUUCUCAAAGGUCUGAAUAUGUAUAGAGGAGAAAUCUUUGCAUAUCCAAUGUUUCUCCAAAAAGAGUUCCAGAGUGCUACAUUUUUGGCCAUGGAUGUAACCUGCCGAUAUGUGCCAUACUUGACAAGUGUCAGAGGCCCUGACGCAUCUUCAACCCCUUCAGGAAAUGAGGCAUUGCUUGUCUGUGAUGCAUGCCAAAGCCCACAAUACAAAAUGCGAGAUUCUGUGGACUGCAAGGAACCAGGAGGGCGCCGGCACCACUCUCGGUGAAGAAGUAGAGCAAGUGAAUAGUUUUCUCUCCAGAUGUGCCCUUACCACCAAGUAUAUGGCCAAGUCAGUAAGAACUGACAUGCUGACUGUCCAUGCUAUGGGGUGGAAUGAACGGAAAGAGAAUGGCCUCCAUAUAGCCCUGUCUUCUAGAUUCAAGAAGACAGUAGAGAAGACUGUGGAUGUAGCUGAGAGCCUGAAGACAAUGCAGGAGCAGUUGCAUUGCUGUGAUGACAUGCUGAAACAAUGGGUUGUUGAUGUCAAGCAGUGGGCCAGUAGCAGAAGCGCAGCACCUGGUCCUGUUGAUGCUCAAAGUUUGCAGAUCACAAUCGAAGCACUCUUUGUGAGCAUUUGUCAGAAAAAGCACUACCUUUACAGACAAAAUGAUCGCAACAAAAGGCGACAGAAAAUAACUCAAAAGAUAGCCCAGGAAAAGAAACGGUUGCUGGAAGACAUCCAGAGAUACAACCAACAGACUGAUGGUGACCUUGUGGACACAGAGUUAGUUGUGCAGAAACUCUCUAACAAAGCUGCAGAGAGCAUGAUCUGGCCUUGGCAGGAACAGAACACAGACGGUGUGGACAUCCUUACAAAGAAGAAGCUCUUUGACCACGUAAUGCUUGCCUCACGACUAAAAGAGGAAAAGCAGAUCCUUGUGAAGGAGAUGCUGCAGCACUGCCAGUACCUCAAGGACUCAGUGGCAAAGGUCCAGACACUGAUGGGCACUGUUUUAGUGAGCACACAGACAGGAAGCUUGCCAAAUGGAUUAACCGAGAAGGGGUCCAAGGGCCUCAUCAGUGCACUAAAAAGAAGACUGCAAGACCUGAGACUCCAACAGCAGACCAUAGCAGGCACCUACAGAUGCACUCUCAAACCAAGUAACAGGCUGGUGGAAGAGGAGGACAGGGAAAUGGAAGAAGACAUGGACUGGCAACGUGGCAACAGCUCGGAUGAUGAUGAUAGUGAUGAGGAGGAGGAUGCAGAGAAUUGAAUUCAAGUCACUUGGAUCUGAAUCACUCAGUCACAGCUGUAAUCGCCUGAGACCUAACUUGAUAUACUGUAAUGUAUACUGUGUGUUCUCUCCCUUUGAUCUUUACCUGUAAUGGCCCAGGCGAGUCAAUUGCAACAAAGGCUGCCUCCAGAGCAUGACUGCAGCAGAGCACAGAGCAUUAUUUGUAAAUGAGUGGUAGAACAUAACACUUAACUUGUAACAUGGGUGAGUUGGUGACCAAGCUAACGUUUUCGGGUUUUUGUUUUAGAUUCACUGUUAGGUAAGGGAGCGCGCUGGCUCCGCCUUCCCAUUGUGGGGAGCGCCAGCGGCUCCCAGGUUUUGGUUUUAUUUUCACUAACUCAGUCUUGUUUUUCUGUUCAAUAAACUUUCGUAUUAUUUUUUACAUACAUUGACUUGCGUGGUUGGACUCAAUUUAUGUUGGCUGGCAGAUUGGGCAAUUGGGAAAUGAUGGGGAUAAAUUAUUCAUUUAUUAUUCAUCAUAUAUUUAUUCAUCAUAUAUUUCAAUUAUCCAGAUUGUUUUUGAAAAAUUCUGAUUUAACUCUGUAUAACUCGAGACAACUAUCAUCUCAAUAUUUAAUAUUGAUUAGUGACCAUUA